AUGACGACGAACUCAGUGAGAGAGAAGAAGAUCAAGAGCAACGGGAUUUGGUUAAACGUUGCCGAGAAAGGAGACGAAGAAGGGCCUUUGGUUGUGCUACUCCAUGGCUUCCCUGAGACAUGGUUCUCAUGGCGUCACCAGAUCGAUUUCUUGUCGAGCCAUGGUUACCACGUGGUCGCUCCGGAUCUAAGAGGCUACGGUGACUCCGAUUCUCCUCCAAACCACGAGUCUUACACUGUGAGCCACCUCGUCGCUGAUCUCAUCGGUUUGCUCGAUCACUACAACACUGCUCAGGCUUUUGUGGCUGGACAUGAUUGGGGAGCAAUCAUAGGUUGGUCUCUCUGCUUGUUUAGACCAGACCGAGUCAAAGGUUUCAUAAGUCUCUCAGUUCCAUAUUCUCCAAGAGAUCCAAAUCUCAAACCUUCAGAAUUUUUAAAAAGCUUUGGUGAUGGUGUAUACAUGUCUCAGUUUCAGAAACCCGGAAGAGCCGAGGCUGCGUUUGCAAAACAUGACUGCGUGACGGUACUGAAGAAGUUCUUGCUAAUGACAAGAACAGAUUUCUUGGUGGCUCCUCCUGAUACAGAGAUCAUCGAUGAUCUCGAGAUACCACCGACGCUUCCAAGCUGGAUAACAGAAGAAGAGAUUGAGGUUUAUGCAGAGAAGUUUCAAAGAAGUGGAUUCACAGGGGCUUUGAAUUACUACAGAGCCAUGGAUCUGAAUUGGGAGAUAUUGGCGCCGUGGCAAGGCUCUAAAAUCUUUGUUCCGACCAAGUUUAUUGCGGGAGACAAAGAUAUUGGAAAUGAAGGAGCCCAUGGAACGAUGGAGUAUGUGAAAGGAGAGGUGUUCAAGAGCAUUGUACCUAAUCUUGAGAUUAUUGUUAUUGAAGAUGGACAUCAUUUUAUCCAUCAGGAAAAGUCUGAACAAGUCUCUCAUGAGAUUCUCUCCUUCUUAAACAAGUUAUCCAAAACAGAGUAA